GGUCCGGUCUCGACAUGGGCUCAGGCAGUGAGUGCUGAGCUGCCGCUGAGGUGGAUGAAGAAGAAGAGGAGGAAGAAGAAGAAGUGAUCGUGUGUCUCCGGGCUGAAGCUCCGACUCCGGAUUAUCAUUAUUAUGCCCAGCGCCAGCGUGUCCGUGCGAAGUUUAUGCGAAGUGGAGAAACACCUCAGCAGCCGGAUGGAUCGGAGCACUGAGGGCAGUUUACUGAACCUCCCUGUAUCGAUGCGGCGGGGUUCUUCAGAGAACAAUCUGGAUCUGGAUCUCAGUGAUUCCAGUCCUGGUCCUGCUAUCGGUUUCGAGAUCCAGCGCAGUCGUUCCUGCUUGGACAACCUCCAGCAAAAGAUACUGAAAGUCACAGAGCAGCUGAAGAUUGAGCAAACGGCGAGAGACGAGAAUGUAGCCGAGUAUCUGAAGCUGGUGAACAGUGCGGAGAAGCAGCAGUUGGGGCGCAUCAAGCAGGUGUUUGAGAAGAAGAACCAGAAAUCGGCUCAACACAUCGCUCAGAUGCAAAAGAAGCUGGAGCAGUAUCAUCGAAAGAUGAAGGACAGUGAAAUCCAUCACAGCCCAACGCCUCAUCCGUCCGCUUUCAAGCACAGCACCAUCCCCAGGGACUCGCCCAGAGAGCUGCUGAGGGACAUGACGGGCAGUGGCCGACACCCGACCAUGGACAAGAUCAAGACCAUCGGACCAGGCGUUUCUCUCUCGCCACCUUUCUUCUUCAGCAAACCUAGAGAGUUCGCCAACCUCAUCAGGAACAAGUUUGGCAGCGCUGACAACAUCGCCCACCUCAAGACCAGUCUCGAUGCUUCCUCUCCGUUACCCACUGACAGUGCAGCAAAGGGGCUGAGCAGCAGCACCUCUAUGGUCAGCAAGCCCAAGUACCCCAGUGAUGACGAGUGCUCCUCGGAGUGCGCUUCUAUUUCAGCAGACAGUAACGGACACCCUGCGGCAGGAGGGGUGUCAGCGGGGCAGGCCCACGGUCAGGAGCAGCCAGCAGGUGGCGACAGUCAUGGCAGACUGGCCCUGAGCCUGGAGGAGGUGAGGGAGGUUAAAGAAGCUCAGAGCCAGUUCGAGGAUGACAUGGAGGAGCUGAAGGGUCAGUUCAAGAGAGAGUAUGGCAUCCUCAGCCAAACGCUGCAGGAAGAGAGAUACAGGUAUGAACAUUUGGAAGACCAACUGAACGACCUGACGGAGCUUCACCAAAAUGAAAUGGCGAAUUUGAAGCAGGAACUGGCCAGCAUUGAGGAGCGGGUGGCCUACCAGGCACACGAGAGGGCCAGGGACAUACAGGAAGCCCUGGAGUCGUGUCAGACGCGAGUGUCCAAGCUGGAGCUCCAGCAGCAGCAUCAGCAGCAGACGGUCCAGCUGGAGAGCCACGACGCCCGGGUCCUGCUGGGGAAGAGCAUCAACAUCAUGCUGGCCAUCAUCACCGUCAUCCUGGUGUGCGUCUCCACCGUCGCUAAGUUUGCCGCCCCACUGAUGAGGAGCCGAUACCACGUGGUCGCCACCUUCCUGGGGAUUUGCUUCUUGACCAUGUUCUGGAAGAAUUUGGACCGUUUACAGUACGCUAUGGACAGGUUGCUGGUGCUCGGCUGACCAUACUGAAAUCAACAAUAACACCACACUGUCAGUUGUUAGGAUAGUCUAAGAGGAUUGGUUGUACAAUCGUCAGAGGACACGACCGCCAUUCAUCCACAGAAGUCACUGUUUUUUUUUUUAAGUGAAAUUUUGGUGAUUUUCUUGUCUUAACUUGAAUGUUUGUAGCUAAUAUUUCCAUCUAAUUGUGACAAUAAUAUUUAUAACAGUAUAUUUUGUUAGCUCCUCACUGAUUGAUGAAAAACUAAUAAUCACUGGACACAAAAGGCCAAAAGGCAAGGGUGAAGAGAAAUGGUUUUCGCCAUAAUGCAGCAACAUGGGACUCGCUCUUUACCACAUUUUAAAAGAAUAGAAUCCAUAGAUCAGGCCAAAUUGAAGAAAAUGGUUAUUCUUUUCAUUUUGCCUCAGCUUAACUCAAUAUCACUGAAACUCUUGGAGUCAUGCACAUGGUGAAGAAGAAGGCUACGUCGAAAUGUGCUAAUUUGCCCUCAACUACGCUAGCAUCUGUAUGGCUACAAUCAGCUGCUGUUUAGCUUGGCUUAACAUAAACCCGAAACAUAUUGGUACAUGAGAUCGGGACGCUGGGAGAACUUGUUACUUUUAGACAGAGCCAGGCUCUCUGGGCCUGUUUCUCGUCUUUUUGCCAAGUAAAGCUAACAGGCUUCUGGUAUUACCUCCAUACUUAACUAGAUUUUCUAAUCAGACUUUCACCCGAAGAGGUGAACGAGUAUAUAUAUUUAAACUUUCAAUGAGGAACCUACUGAGGGCUAUGUCACAAAUAAGUGCAUGUAAAGCAAAAGCAAGUCAAAGUUCACUGAAGUUGAACUCCACAUGAAGCCACGUUGCGGAAGGAAU